CCCCAACGGUCACAUUCAUUCUAUUAUUCUAUAAAAUCCACUUUUACCCUCAUCAAUAUCUCAUUCAUUCUUUUGUUCUCUAAUCAUUCAUUUCAAUCUUUUUUCUCUCUGCAAAAUUCCCACAAACCUUUCUACUUUUCCUUUUCAAUGGAGACCCCAUCAUCCACAACCAGGUUCACCAACACCAUUCCACUCUCAAGAAAAUUCGAAGAUUCUGAAAAGACCAUGUCGAAAUCAAAGGCACAACAGCAGCAAGAUCGAUGUGCAUUGAUGGACAUGACAAACGAUUCACCGAUCGUUGGGCUCGCCAACGGUGGCAAUCUUGACACACCAUCGGGGAAGCAAAAGGCUAGCCGAGUGAAGAACACUCCGGGAUCCGGCGAGGCCUUGCUGAGAGGUCAAGCAAAGACUCUUAUGCAGAUGGUGGAAGAAGAGGCUUUGGAUGUUUCUGGAAAUUCCACUGAUGGAUUGCCUUCAAUCACCUCUUCUGCUGUUCAUCAGGUGGUGAAUAUGGAGGAAGAUGAAAAGUAUGAGAUAGCAAAAUCCUUGGAUUUCUCGGAAAAAUCUCAAGUAUCAGAAGAAUGUAACUCUGAAGUGAGUUAUCAGGAAGUAACACAAGGAAGCUGUGUUGGAAGCUGCAGUGUUGAGGAUGAUGCUUCCGUCUGGUCAAUGCAAGUGAGUGCGAGCAACAAGGAUGAAGAUGAUGUGGAGGAAGAAAUAGCUGAGGAAGAAGAUGAUGAAGAAGACUAUUAUGAUGUGGAUGAUGAAGAAGAAUAUGAAGAGGAUUUGGGGCUUGAUGAACUGUGUGAAGGAUUAAACAAGGUUAAUGUGAAUGAAAAGGUGGUUUCGAAAUUUGCUGGGAAACAUACAAGGUUUGUUUACAACAGUGAUGAUGAAAUUGUGAAAGAAGAGGAAGAUGAAAGUGUUGAUGACAGUAAUGUGUUGCGUUUGAAUGGAUUGCCGACGCCGAAAGGGAAACAUGUUCGUUUUUCUGAGGAGGAGGAGGAGGAGGAAGAGGGAAAAUCUGAUAUGUGAUUUCAUGGAUGAGGAUGGUUUUUAGUUUUAUGCAUUGUUUUGUUUUGUUUUGAAGGCUAUGAAUGGCCACAGUUUUUGUGGUCGUCAAUUUUAUAAUUCCAGAACUAAAUAACAUUGUUGCUCCAAUUAUAGUGUUUUGUGGAACUGGUGUAAAACACUUGACAGUUGCAUGCAGCUUUUGCUUACUCGACAUAUAUGCUGACAGGCUAUGAUGUUUUAUCAAUCACAUGUAUUUGAACUGUCUAGUAAUAUGCUAAAAUAUGUUUAUGGAGCUUCUCUUAUGGGUAAUGUUAGCCCAAAGAUACUUUUUCACUUUA